AUGGCGAAUCCUCUGGAUACAGACGCCGGCUCUGAGUUAUUUAGCAGCUAUGAAGCUGAACUGAAACUCGUCCAGGCCGACUUGAACCAGAAACUCGAUCAGAUUGCAGAAGCCACUGGAGAAGAGCGGAAGUCUUCCAUAAGACAGGCCGAAAGAGCGCUGGAUGAAGCCAGCGAAUUGCUCGAUCAAAUGCGUAUAGAAAAGGAGAACAUCCCAUCGGCAACCCGGUCCAAAGUCAACGCCCGGUUCCGCAAUUUCCUGAGUGAUAUCGACGAAGUAAAGCGAAAACUCAAGUCCCUUUCGGAUGACCGGAAAGCCCUGUUUGGCGACAGGUACAGAGACGAACCCAGCAGCAUCCAUGAUCAGCAUCUCGAGCAACGGCAACAGCUCCUGUCAGGCACAGAACGUUUAGGCCGGAGCUCGGCUCGUUUACAGGAGAGCCAGAGAAUAGCGUUGGAAACGGAGGAUAUUGGUCGAAAUACGCUUGCAGAUCUUAAUGUACAACGGCAGACGAUUGAGCAUACCAGGGCAGGCCUGCUGGAAAGCGAGGGAUACGUUGAUCGAAGUGUAAAGACGUUGCGGGGGAUGGCACGUAGGAUGGCUACGAAUCGGAUAAUCACCAUUGCCAUUAUCACAGUUCUCGUCCUCCUAAUCGUUGCGGUCAUCUACAGCAAGUUCCAUUGA